UUACGUGCCCUCGGUAUUCCCAAAGCGCGGCGGUGCCGCUCUCGCCGCGCGCUGCCCGCGCACCGUCUGCGCUAUCGGCGUAGCGGCCGCAGUUGGCGUAGCGCGGGCAGAGGCGGCCGUGUCGGGGAGCGGCGGCCGCCGUGUGAGGAGCGGGCUGGAGGAGCGGGCAGGGCCGGGCAGGCACCGGGCCGGGACCGCGCCGCAGGUUUUAGAGCAGGAGGAGUCCAAGACUGGCUGGAACUAAUUUACUCAUUUCCCUCCCAAAGGCUGACCCAAAGACCUGUAUCAAAGAGUUGUGCAAGAGAUCGAGACUGGAAGCUCUUUGAAUGUGCUGCCUGAAGACUGAAGGCCUCUCUGGGGACUUGACUUCUCACAAGAGAUGCUUUCAGGAGGGGCUGUGCUGAAGACAGAGCACUGCAGCCUCUAACUGGGACAGCUCCUGCUGGUCUGGAGCUGAGACCCAACUUCCCUCCCUCCCUUUUCCCUUGGAGAUGUUGCAGAGAUUGAAUCUGACCUCUUCCUGCUCACCUGAAGCCUGCCGUGGCGAUGAUCCCACAGCCAGAUCCGACCACCAAAGAGAAGAGAAUCGUGCGUUUGAGGCUGGGCCGUCGUUGUAACUGAACUGGAAUUUAUCCCUGCCCGUGCUCCCAGAACGACUGCCCUUCCUCUGCUCGUCUUGUUUGUGCUGUGAGCCAGUUCUCCCUGAUCUUGUUUGGAAUUCCUGAGCUUUCCACGCUGAAUUUGCCCAUGGCUUUCUUGAUGAAGAAGAAGAAAUUCAAGUUUCAGACAAGUUUUACUCUAGAAGAGCUGACUGCUGUCCCCUUUGUCAAUGGGGUUCUGUUCUGCAAAAUCAGGCUGCUAGAUGGAGGAGACUUUGCUAGUUUAUCUAGCAGAGAGGAAGUUCAGGAAAACUGUGUCCGCUGGAAAAAGAAAUUCACCUUUGUGUGUAAAAUGAGUGCCAACCCUGCCACAGGGCUCCUGGACCCCUGCAUCUGCCGAGUGUCUGUCCGUAAGGAGCUGAAGGGCGGAAAAACCUACUCAAAGCUGGGCUUUGCUGAUCUAAAUCUGGCAGAAUUUGCAGGCUCUGGAUCCACUGUCCGUUGCUGCUUGCUGGAAGGAUAUGAUACUAAGAAUACCCGACAGGACAACUCCAUCCUAAAGGUCACAAUCGGAAUGUCCCUACUCUCUGGGGACCCCUGCUUCAAAACGCCUCCUUCCACCGCCAAGUCCAUCACCAUCCCGGGGCAGGACUCCACUCUGCAGCUGACCUGCAAGGGCGAGGGAACCACCAGCAGCAGCAGCUCCUCCACAAUUGGCUCCCUGCGCCAGGCCAAGCCAAGAACUGCCAUCCUCAGCUCAGGUGUCCCAGAAGAGUCGGAUCAGAACCUGUCCAGCCCAGAGGAAGUUUUCCACUCAGGGCACUCGCGGAACUCGAGCUAUGCCAGCCAGCAGUCCAAGAUCUCUGGUUACAGCACGGAGCACUCGCGCUCCUCCAGCAUGUCGGACCUGACGCACCGCCGCAACACGUCCACCAGCAGCAGCGCCUCCGGGGGGCUCAGCAUGACCGUGGAGUAUCCCGAGGGGGAGAGGGAGCACAAACUGGAGAAGCCACCUCGGCCCCCCAGACCACCCCUCCUGCUGGACAGACCCUCCCGGAGGAAAAAGGAUUCAAUGGAGAGUCACCCGACCCGAGUGGAUGACACCAGGAUUGAUGCUGAUGACAUAGUGGAGAAAAUAAUGCAGAGUCAGGACUUCACAGAUGUCAGCAAUACUGAAGACAGUAACCUGAGGUUGUUUGUGAGCAGAGAUGGAACAACUACACUGAGUGGUAUUCAGCUGGGAAACAGGGUCUCAUCUGGAGUUUACGAGCCAGUGGUGAUUGAAACCCACUAAAUGUGAAGAACAGGGUAGAGCUGCUGGACACAGGCCCCCUACCCAGUCUGCUGCCACAUGGAUGCCAACCUUUACCUCUCUUCAUGCAGCAUUCCAGAAGGGAUUUCUCCACACCCCUCCCCAUAUGUUUGCACUGCAGACCUACUCCGAGACCACUCCAGAACAUGCACUUUCCCUGCAUUGGCAUUGUCCUUCUCUGCUUCCUGGUCCUUCCAGUGCAUGCCUUCCCCUGUUCCUGCUCAGACACAAGGUGUCUGUGGGGCUUAUCCUUUUGGGCUAGUCCCGCAGGAUGUUGCUCAUCUGCAUCCCUCAUUCCACCCAUUCACUUGCAGCAGGGGACUUCUCAGUUUCUGUCUCCCCAAAGCAUUGGGUUAUACCACUGUGAACUCUUCAAACCACUGGGGGUGGGGGAAACCAUUCUAACCAAACCCAGAGCUGCUUGUUGGGGACAUGGUGACAUGGCCACUUGCAGGAUGCUUUAUUCCAUUGACUCUGCAAGGGAACAUCACCUCCCAAGGCAAUGGUUUUACUGAACAAGGUAUGCUGUGGUGUACGCUUCACCUUCCUAUCCUCACAUCCCCAAACAACAUCUUCUCAUAGGAAAUACUUCCCAAAAGUGCAUUUCAGAAAACUCUACUGCAAUCCAGCUGGGAGUUGGAAAACGGUUAAAUGUGAGUGCUCGUCACACCACUGACUGCAGCAGCCCUUCCACUGCUGGGCAUGGAAGGGGGUGUUCAUCAACUAGCAUUAGCAGGAGCACUUUAGAGCUUAUAGAUUUUACCUGGAGGAGGCUUCUACUCACUAUUCCAGGAGUAUAAUCCAUGUUUGCUGGACUGAUUCAGCAAAUAGUCCUGUUGGAGCUUGGAAUACAAAGCCUCUUUCUUUUUUUUUUUUUUUCCUUGUUUCAUUGGCUCAGGAAGGGAACUGCCCUUCUUGGACUGUGAAAAGAAUCUUGUCUGACAGCCCUUCCCUGGGCCAGAGCUGGAUGCAGUUGACUGCAGUGGUCUCUCUAUUGAGGUGGUGAUGUCAAUUGCCUCUCUUGGCCUGGGCCAGUAAGGGAUUUGAUGUUGCUUGGCCUUUCUUGUCUUGUCAGCAGAGAUCUGUGCUGGUUCCUUUUGGGGCUGGGGAGAAGCUACUGUCUCUGCCUUCAAGGGUAGAAGGGGUGUUUGCUGCUGCAUUAGCCACAGCAGCUCUUCUGACCUGCUCUGUGGUGAGUGAACUCUUCUGACAAGGCUUCAAACUGUUCUCUGGUUGAUCUUUCAAUUGCUCUUCUUUGGGUUUGGUUUCUGCAGUUGUUUGACACUUUUCCUUGCAGUGUGUGGCAGAGAUGUCGAUCCCUUUCAGCUCCAGCUUGGAGAUUUCUCCUGGCAGCUGAAUUGCCAGCGAGGAUCUGGGCAGCCCCGGGCUGUGGGCCAGCAGCAGGCUGUGCUUGCAGCCCUCCCUGUACAGAGCCCCUCAGCUGAUAAGCUAUUUCUGUGUCGUGCCCAUUCCUCUGUUGCCCAGUGUUCUGUGGUAGCACUCAGCAGCCGUGCCCUCGGAGCAGUUCCACUCUCCAGGAGCUGGCUCCCCUCUGGCACUUGUGUGUGUGUACAGGCACACACUCACUCUGUUCAGCAAGGAAAGACUUGUAACUGAUCACGUUGUUCAAAUUCUUAGUUAUUGGAAAGCCUCUUUUAAAGGAGAAAAAAAAAAGCAUUAACUGUGGUCUCUUUGGCCAGAAUGCAUGCAGAUGAGCUGCUGGAAAAGGGAGUCUGGCAGAAUGAGAAACAAGGAAUGAAAGGGCCUUGAUUUAGCUUUUUUUUUUUUACCCUUCUAGCUAAGGAUGCUGCAUGGGGAGGGUGCUCAGCAGUGUGGUAAAACUAUACAGUUGCUUACUCUGUUUUGAUGGUUUCUCUCUUGGAGUCAAGAGGUUGCUUUCUGUGUUUGGACAGACCACAUAUAGGAUAUGCAUCUUUUCCACCCUUUCCCUUCAAAGGGAAUUAAAUUUGAAUUAGGGUAAAAAGGGGAUACAGACAACACCUUGGUUUGGUUUAAUGUAGGAGAAAAGUGUUGGAUCUUUUGAGACUGUUUAGAACAAAAGCUCUUUCACACUUGCUAGGUUUUUUUAAUGGUGAUCUCUUCUUCAUUCAGCCUGGGUAGGUUUGGCACUCACUUGCAGGCUGCUGAGCAUCCUGCCCUGUUCCUGGGGUGCCACGUGUCUGCAGGAAGGAGAGAACUGCUUGUCUCUCUCUCUCUGGGGCAGUGCCAGAGAGCCAGGCCUGGCCUGACCGUCUGCUCGGGUCAGGGGGAGGGCAGGAGGAGCUCGGACAGCAGGGACUGUUCUGCCUCUCUGUGGAUGCCGUGCAGAGCCCAGGGUCUGGCUGCUCCCCAGGGCCAACAAAGCCCCUCAGGAAAUCAGAUCCAACCAGGACUUGAAAGGAGCAAGCAUAAGCCAGGAAAGAGGCUAAAACCCAGCUCAUUUUGCUGCUUUGCUUCUGUUCCCAUGAGAAACAAUGGCAGUCACUGUCAGAGCAGUUGGGAUCCCAGGGCAUUCUUCUGGCCUGUGUUGGCAAGAGUCGGCUGCUCCCAGGCGCUGGCAGCUCGGCAUGUCACGAAAUCAGUGGGACAGAGGGAGGAAUAUCUUCCAGCAAAGCAAGAGGAGAAGCAGUUGAGCUUUUGAGAGCGCUGGUCUCUUCUUCCCUGGCUGACAGAGGCAUUACCUGCUCCAUCACAUCUCUGUGGCCAACCUGGGCAUGUCUUUGGCUUCUCUUCCAGUGGCUUGGCACAUCACUGCUUGCAUUUCUGAUAACUGUGUUUCAUAGGGUAUUUCUUCCUUGUCUCCACGUUAGUCCCUCCACAGAGUCUGGUCUUUGUGUGGCUUUUUAGCUCUCCUGCCCCUGGUUUUGAGUGAGUAAGUAGUCCUAGUCAUCCAGCCUUGUGCAGCACAGCUGGGGGACCUGGAGGGAGGAAGGAGCAGUCUGUUCCUCUUUGUAGAUCCUGUGCAGAGCUCCUGCUGUGCAUCCAGCACAAGCAGUGCCCAGCAGUCCCUAGGCAGCCGUGGGCACCCGAGGUGGUGGCUGUGGGGUCACUGGUCCCACACACUCGCUGCUGCCUCGGGAAGCUGCCUCUCACGAGCACUUUUUUCCUUGUGGCAUCGCUGCUGCCUGUUCUUGUUGAACUUUGAACAUUUAAGUGAAUCAGUUUCCAGACCCAAACCUCUGGCUAGUUUCCUUUGGGUUUUUCUUUUUUGUUGUGAAGUUUAUGGAAUUUUUUUUAUACAAACCCAGCAGGCUGGUGUUUUUUUUGACUGCAUUAUUGUUUCAUUGAUAUUUUAUUUCAGGGGGGGCUUAGGGGGAAUGUUCUUCCCCACAUUGUUCCCCUUCUCAGGGGAUUCAGAGGUGGCUUAAACAAGUAAAAGGACCUUAUUGGCAAGACUCUGCAUCCCCUGGGUCUCUGAUGCUGACGAGCAGGGCUGCUCAUGCCUGGCUGGCCCUGGAGAGCAGAGCUGGCUCUCUGCUUCAGUCUUGGGAUCAGGCAAAAUGUGUGGGCUCUGCUCCUGGUUUCUAGACCUUUAGUUGGUGAAAGCACAUUGCAAAGCGUUAGGAAAUUCAGUGUAACUUUUUUACUAACUUCUUUUCUUUUUUUAAAAAAGCAGUAUAAAGCUGAGUGUCCAGAAGAAUAGGCUUAGUCGUUACUUGGUGAAGGAGAUGGAUUUCAGUUGGAAAUUGUGAUGGGAAAAGGGAGGAGAAGGAUGUUGCUCCCUCAUCAUCAUCUUUUGUAUGGUCAGCACUUUAAAUGGGGGCCUCGUGCUGUUCUGACCCUCGGAGUGAUGGGCAGCAGGCGUGUGAUUUCUCCCUCCCUCAUUGCCACAUCACUUUGCCCCCUGCAGAAAGGUUAACAAGCCCUUUUAAACGUUUGCUUCAGUUUUUAGAGGGUUCCAAACCAGGUGGAGGCCUGAAGAAAAUAGUAUUUCAUUCUCAUCUGAAUAGGAGGGGUUGACUUUUUAUUUAUUUUGUCGUUGCUGUUUCUUUUUAAGCGGGCGGCGGUGCAGCUGGUCUCUGCACUGCUGCCAGGAACCUCUGGGAAAACCUCACUCCAGGUACGCUAGAGCACCACAGUUAAACCCCUCCUGGUGAGGGGCUCCCCGUCCCCUCCUCGCUGCCUUACCCGGGGGCUGCAGACCCCCCUCCACCCCUCCUUGCUGCCCUACCUGGUCUCUAGCUGAGUUCUUGCUCUGGUGACCGAGCCCUUUGAACAAGGCCGGUCCCUGGGGACAAGUUCCUACAAACUCUGCCUGGUCGCAGGUGUUUGUCCUUGAAAAGCCACUUCCUCAGUGCAGGGAGGGAUUGAUGAAUGCAAAACUCCCCCCAGUUCCCUCCUGAGAGCUGUGUCCAUCAGACCCUCCCCGCGCCCUCCGAUCCCGCCGCCCGCCAAGCAGCAGGCGUGCAAACCUGGGACAUGGAAAGGAAUUGGGAUGAAGCUGUGAGCGAGGGAUGAGCCUGGUAACUUGUCUCAAACACAUGGAAUAAUGGUAGAGCCCAUAUUUUUGUGGGGGGAGGGAGGGGAAGGGGAGAUCAUGUUUUAUUUUCUUGAAAGUGAAUUGAGCUUGGUGACCUUCUGCCGAGGCGCACUCGAUUUGUAUCAGAUUCUAUAGAGAGAUGGCUGAUAUUUUUGGAAAGGGAAUGGGUCUAUGCAAACUUCCAAAAUUGCUUGAAAGAUAGUUUAACAUUUUUUUACUUUGAAAAUCUAAAGAUAAAUCUAACUUUUGUCUUAAAGCAGAAGUGCGUUUAGAAAGAGAAGCUACUUCCACUGCUCUAUUUUGAUGAUGAUUCUUGGAAAGUUUGGGCUGGAGGGAAUGACUAUUUUUCACCAUUUCUAUCUUGCUCCUCUAGUUUUUUUUGUUUCUUUUUCUAACGGAAUGCUGUGCCGUCUUUGAUUCAACAGAUCGUGUUUGUAUUUUCUGUAUCUGGUUCCUAAUGUAGAGAAAUAACAAAUAUAUGAGGAAAUCAGUAUAAUGUCAAAUGUUGUUAUGGUUUGGGGGAAAAAUAAAGGUUUUUUUGGUACUUCA